CUCCCUUCUAAUUGGCCAGCUCAGAGCUUCCUCGGGUACUCGGCCACUCGGGGCAUCGCGGCGGCCUUUCUAGCCGCUGUCCCAAGGUUUGGCCUCGCGCUUUCGGCUGCGAGCUCUCUGUGGUGCUGGCAGCGACAUGUGGCGCCUCCCGGGACUCCUGGGCCGAGCUCUUCCCCGUACACUGGGACCUAGCCUCUGGAGGGUGACUCCUAAGUCCACCAGCCCAGAUGGGCCUCAGACUACCUCCUCCACUUUGCUGGUUCCUGUGCCUAACCUUGACAGGUCAGGUCCCCAUGGCCCAGGCACGAGCGGGGGUCCAAGGUCCCAUGGAUGGAAGGAUGCCUUCCAAUGGAUGUCUUCCCGUGUCUCCCCGAACACCCUAUGGGAUGCCAUAUCUUGGGGCACUCUGGCCGUGCUGGCCCUGCAGCUGGCAAGGCAGAUCCACUUCCAGGCAUCCCUGCCAGCAGGACCUCGGCGGGUAGAACACUGCUCCUGGCACAGUCCCCUGGACCGUUUCCUCUCAUCUCCCUUGUGGCACCCAUGCUCCUCACUGCAACAACACAUCCUCCCCAUCCCUGAUGGCCCAGCUCCCAGGCACACUGGCCUCAGGGAACCCAGGCUUGGCCAGGAAGAAGCCUCAGCUCAGCCCCGGAACUUCUCACACAACUCUUUGAGAGGAGCUCGUCCUCAGGACCCCUCUGAGGAAGGUCCCGGUGAUUUUGGCUUCCUGCAUGUCAGUAGUAGCAUCGAGUCCGAGGCAAAACCAGCCCAGCCUCAGCCCACUGGUGAAAAGGAACAAGAUAAAUCAAAAACUCUUUCCCUUGAGGAGGCUGUGACUUCCAUUCAGCAGCUCUUCCAGCUCAGUGUUUCCAUCGCUUUCAACUUCCUGGGAACAGAGAACAUGAAGAGUGGCGACCACACAGCAGCCUUUUCUUACUUCCAGAAAGCUGCAGCCCGCGGCUACAGCAAAGCGCAGUACAAUGCGGGCUUGUGUCAUGAGCAUGGCAGAGGCACCCCCAGGGACAUUAGCAAGGCGGUCCUUUAUUAUCAGUUGGCUGCCAGCCAGGGCCACAGCCUGGCUCAGUACCGCUAUGCCAGGUGCCUACUACGAGACCCAGCCUCUUCGUGGAACCCUGAGCGGCAGAGGGCAGUGUCCUUGCUGAAGCAGGCUGCAGACUCAGGCUUGAGAGAGGCCCAAGCUUUCCUCGGGGUGCUUUUCACCAAGGAGCCCUACCUGGAUGAGCAGAGAGCUGUGAAAUAUCUUUGGCUUGCAGCCAACAAUGGGGACUCACAGAGCAGGUACCACCUUGGAAUUUGCUAUGAGAAAGGCCUUGGUGUGCAGAGGAAUCUGGGAGAGGCCUUGAGAUGUUACCAGCAGUCAGCCGCUCUGGGAAAUGAGGCCGCCCAGGAGAGGCUGCGAGCCCUCUUUUCCGUGGAGGCUGCAGCCCCAGGGCCCAGCGACCUGACAGUUACAGGACUGAAGUCUUUCUCCAGCCCCUCCCUCUGCAGCUUGAACACCCUGCUAGCAGGAACCUCACGCCUACCACACGCCUCGAGCACAGGCAACCUUGGCCUCCUCUGCAGAAGUGGGCAUCUCGGAGCCAGCCUGGAAGCCUCCAGUAGGGCUAUUCCCCCACACCCCUACCCGCUGGAAAGGAGUGUUGUAAGACUAGGUUUUGGCUAAGGUAGAAAUUCCAGCGGAAGUUCAGGUUCCCAAGCAAUUUCACGUACAUGGCUGGUAAGUGACUGAUCUUUCCCCCCGCUUGGUAGCCUCACAGAUGAGUCUUGGAUGCAUUCACAGUCAUUUCUGGUCUGUGCACCAAAGGAUGCAUUCAGUGACCUAUGAAAAACCCUACUGAAGGGUCCAGAGACCCUGGUGCUCACCUUAGCCUUUGUCUUUGAGCAAAUAACUUACCUUCCUCCUUCCUAUGCCUCGGUUUUCUCACACUUAAAUCUGUACUACUGUUUGCCAAUGUCUGAUGUGUGUAUCCCUGGUUCACAAGAAGAUUUUAGAUGGUAUUCAAAUUAAUAUUUUCUAUUUCAGUAGUUAUAUAUUUAAUGUAUAAUAUAAAAAUAUGAUUAGCAUAUUGACGUGUAGUUUGAUAGAUGUUCUGUCUAGGAUAAAGCUAACUGUAAAAAAAAUAGUGAAUCAGUUUAAAGAAAAACAUAAUGUAAAAGUGGGCACAGAUCCAGAGAGGUAGCAAAAAUCACAGGGGUGGUUCCAUGAAUGGCUGACACUUAGGAAACUCUGAAUUAGGCCAUCCUCGAGACUAGCCCACCAUUCACCUCUGCUCAUCCCCCAUGGGCUCAUAAUCGUUUUCAUUUCACCUUUGAUUUGGAAGGAAGAAGUUUCUUGCCCAAAUGCCUGGAUGUGUCUGCUUGACUUUCAGAACUUCUCACCUCAGCCCUAAAGAGGGAGCCUGUGGGUUCUCAGAGAGAUAUCACAAUUUGAGUCCCAAAGAAGAGGCCAGAUACCCACCCACCUUCCCCCAAAUCCUAAGCACCUGCACCAGUACAGUCAAGAAGAGGAAAGUGUGUGAAGACCCAGGUCUGGCUCUGCCACUUGCCUGGCCAUGUCACCUUGAAGCUGUGACCUGACUCCCUAUAUUGUUUCCUCAGUUGUAGACCAAAGGCAAUGGUGUCUGCCCUCCUACCUUAGAAGACAAAUGCAAGGGCAUUUCACCACAGAGAGGACCUUUGUGCUCACUUUGGCCCAGGAGGCAGUGAUGCUCAUGGUUGCAUGACUUUAUGAGUCGCUGGGCCGGGAUGAGGACCUGGGCCUCCUGACUCCUGGCCCAGAGUUCUUGUCCAUCAGUUCAUACUGCAAUUUUAUGUGAAAGCAUUAUGACUGUCCUACCCAUGGGAGAGUAAAUGUAGAUUGAAUGCUAGGAGUCUUAAAGCUGGAGAGUGUAGAUUUUGAGGUCCCCGUUUGGGAAACGUGCCAGAAAGGUCUAGGUGUUUAAUAAAACAGAUAUUGGAUUAUCUCA